AAAAAAAAAAUUAAAUAUAUCGAAUAGUAUAAAGGAAGAAGAGAGUAUGAGAGGAAGAGAGAAAAACAAUUUAUAAAAUUUUUUUUUUAAUCAAAAUCUAUACGGACUGUGUGUAUUUAGUGGUUUUUAUUGCCGUAUACUCUGUAAUUUGAUAUUCUCUAAGAAGAAAAGAAAAGAAAAGCAAAAACAAAAAAAAAAAAAAAAAAUGCGAAAAUAAUCAAAUUAUAAAGAAUUUACAUUAAAUUCAAUUAAACGAACAUACGAACACGCUAUAUACUGGAAAUUUGCCGCCUUUUGUUUGUGUGUAUAAGAUGAAAUUUAAUACAAUGCACUAUAUACAUAUGUAUAAAUACCUACAUGUACAUACAUGCAUAUAUGCAGACACUUACUCACUACCCAACUCUCUGUUAUGUGUAUAUAUAUAUAUAUAUAUACCUACGCGAAUGAGAAGAUAGACUUUCCUCUCUGUGCAAAAAAAAAAAAAGAAAAAAAAAGAAAGAAAGAAACAGAAAAAAAAAUGAUCUUCAAAUAACGCCACUGAAGAAAAGAAAUCUUACAAUCUUUAAAGAGAAAAACAUCAAAUUAUUGAAAAAAAAUUCUGAAAACUUUUCUUACUAACUAAACUAACUCUUACGGUAAAUGCAAACAAAUUUUUACCGAAAAUUUGAAAAAAAAACAAAGAGAUUACAAUUGCUUGUUGAGUAAAUAAAUAGACUGCGAUUAAUUUGUUCUCUUAGAGAAAAAAAAUUUAUUUAUUUAUUUAUUUUUUUUUUUCAUUAUUUGGAGACUUACCACUACAACACAAUAAAAUUUUUAAUAACUGUGGAGCUUCUCUCUUACCUCUCAUAACAUUCUACAAUUUUUUUUUUUUUUUUUGUCGUUACAUUUCAGUGUGCUCGCGCGCGCGUGUGUGUGUGUAUGUGAAUAUACAAAAAUAUAUAGCAUGUACAUACCAAUACACUGGCAACCAGUAUCUCAGCGUCACGGCUUAUGUGAAUGUAUAACAAAAUUUGUGUAAAAAUAUUUUCUCUAAGCGUGGUAACCCUAGAAUUUUUUACUAAAAAUGUUUUGACCAGAACACCUGCUCGCCACAAUGAUGCCCUCUUCAGUCCUGCCAGCUAUUCACCGAUAGGAACGCCACGCACACGCAGAGUUACCGCAGGGUCUGGAAAAAUCGUUUACACCCUUGGAAAUCCAACGACAAUUAACAAUGCUCAAUGGUCGCUUAGCAGUCAACCAAAGAUAACUGUAAAGCAACUAUUACAGCAUAAUGGCAAAACAUUGGACAUUAAAGCGAAAUAUAUGUAUGACAGGCUUUCCCAAAAAGCUGACAUAGCAGCCGAUCGUAUAUUCAAUAUAAGCAAAAGCUUGUGCAUGAAAGUGUUUGGCAAAAAAAGUGAGGAUUAUAUACUAAGCCACGUAGAUGUGCACACACAGGAAACCGUGAAAGUUGUUGGUACAAUAUACAGUGAUUAUGAUGGAGCUUUAGAUUCUGCUUCUACAUUGUUAGUCGGUUCGGAUGUAAUGAUGUGUCGCACAGUAAGAUUGAAUUUUUCCAAAAUGAAAUCGGUAGCUGUUUUUCCCGGACAGGUUGUCUUAGCAUCUGGUAUAAAUCCGCGAGGAGAUGUUUUUAUGGUAGAAGAGCUAAUUACUGAACAAGAUUUAAUGAUGCCAAGUCCACCGCGGUUAGCUGAUCAGCUAAGUUUUGUUGUAGCAGCUGGACCGUUUACCAAUGCCGAUGACUUAGUUUACGAUCCUUUGCAAGAUCUUGUCACUUAUUUGAAAGAGAAUAAACCUAAUGUGUUAAUACUGACAGGACCGUUCGUGGAUUCUAAUCACAAGCUGAUUAAAGAAAAUGUUACCAGAACUGAAACCUUUGAAAUGUUUUUCGAAAAAAUAAUGGACGGUAUAAUCGAUACCGUAGGCACAGACACUACUAUAUUGGUAGUAGCGUCGUAUCGCGAUGCUCACGCAGAUCCCGUUUACCCCACCAUGCCUAUGACGUUAAGUCGGACAUAUUCUAAUGUUCAUAUGUUACCGGAUCCAUCGUUAGUUGAUUUAAAUGGGCUUACUAUUGGCUUGACUUCAACGGACAUACUGGACCAUAUUCUAACCCAAGAACUUGCUGUUAACGCUGGCGAUAAAGUGAAGCGUGCCGUUAAUUAUCUAUUUCACCAAAAAUCCUUUUAUCCCUUAAACCCUCCGAUAGAGGAUACAAUAAAUUUCGAUAGUGACUUGGCUAGUAAAUUCGCCAAUAUCGACCAGAUACCAAAUAUCAUCAUUUUACCAAGCGAUCAGAAAUGCUUCUUAAGGCUUGUCAAUGGAUGUUUAGCCAUUAAUCCUGGUCGUUUGGCCGAUAUCAAUGGUGGUACUUUUGCUCGUUUCAUUAUUACACCUACUGAUCCCAAAGAAGAGAAUAAUCCUUUCAGUUAUAUCGGAUGUCAAGUGCGUAAAGUUUGA